UUUUUCCCUUUUUUAAUUUGCUUUUUGUUUUGGUUGUUGAAUUCCUUGAAUUGUUGGGAAUAGUUUCCGUUUAUGGCGUUUUGGCUUUGAAAAUUCAUUGUUGGAAGCUUUAUCUUUUAACGUCUGAAUUCACGCUUACGACCCUUGGCUGGUUGAAGGUUGAAGCAUUGCUUUCGUGUUUGUUGCCUGAAGAAAACAAGAAACCAGAAAAUAAAAAAAUAAAAAAACCCUCAUUUUCACCAUCUGUCAAGGGCUUUAAUCAGUGCCUUGGAAAAGUAUUUAUAGUUUGCAUUUUAAAUUGAAUUUGUUUUCUUUUAAUUUUAUCUUUUCGCUUUUUCCGGCAAGGGUUUAGUCGUCUUCAACUAGUUCUCUUCGUAAAAAGUUGUAUAUGAAUAUAACGAGAAUAAUUUAUGGCCAUGACUGGAGAAAGUUUUCUUUUGUUAUUUAAAAUUCUGAAUUUGCUUUCCUGACAGAGCUUUUACUCGAUUUAGCAUGUUGGGCUUGGCUUGUGCUUUUUUCUUCAGAACUUGAAUUUUUCCUGAAAUUUAUUGUUGGGUUUGUUUUGAGCGAAUGCUUCAGAGGUAAGAGGCACACAAGGUGAAAUCUGACCGGCGAGGACUGAGCAUCUAUGAGCCUAGUGGGUGAACCAGCAGUACAAAUUCUUCAUUGUGCACGGUAAUGACAAAAAAGUCUUACUUUUAUUGGAGCAAUUUCGGGGUUUGAAGUGGCCGUAGGCAGGGGCAAUGCAAUUUAUCUUGGGAUGAGGAAAUUCAACGCAAUUGUCACAAAGAAGGUGUUUCUGUCAUGAUGGAUCCUCGAGCUUUCGUAAGAGUAUCAGUAGGGGCACUUGGGUUGAGAAUUCCAGUUGCCUCAAAAGCUGUGAGGGCGGGGGUCCAUGCUCUCUCUUCUCCUUGCUUCUGCGAGGUUAGGCUAACAGGGCUUCCUACACAAACCACAUCAGUUCCUUUGAUCACGUCAUCCUCCACCCCUGGUAGCCAAGAUCUUCACAGUAUUGCUGCGACUUUCUAUCUCGAAGAAUCUGAGUUGAAAAAGUUGAUUGCUCCGCGGCGUUUUAAGUCCUCCCUAGCUUAUUUGGAGAUAGUGAUCUUUACUGGGAGACAGGGAUCUCAUUGUGGUGUUAGCAGUAGUAAGCAAAUUGGGACCUUCAGAUUGCAAGUAGGAGCAGAAUGGGCAGAGGGGAAAACGUUGCUGCUUCACAAUGGAUGGACUAACAUUGGCAAGAACAAAGUGGAAGGUAGCAGUCCCAGGGCAGAGCUCCAUGUGAGAGUCAAGGUUGAGCCUGAUCCUCGAUACAUAUUUCAGUUCGAGGACGAGACAGCAUUAAGCCCUCAGAUUGUGCAACUGCAGGGUAGUGUGAGGCAGCCAAUAUUCAGCUGUAAAUUUAGUCGAGACAGAGGCACUCGUGCACGAGCCUCUCAACUUGAUGGCACUGCAAAUGGUUGGUCUGGCUCUCAUAAUAGUGAUAAAGACAGUGAAAGACGGGAUAGAAAAGGAUGGUUGGUUAUGAUCCAUGAUCUUUCUGGAUCUGCAGUGGCAGCUGCUUCCAUGGUAACCCCCUUUGUGCCUUCUACAGGUUCUGAUCGUGUCUCACGAUCCAAUCCUGGGGCAUGGUUGAUUCUGCGACCAGAUUCUUCUGGCGUGGAUAGUUGGCAGCCGUGGGGAAGGCUAGAAGCAUGGAGAGAACGUGGUGGGAAGGACUUUAUUGGUUGUAGAUUUCAAUUAGUUGAAGAAGGUGGUGGUCUAGGAGUGAGUAGUGGAAUUGUGAUUUCAGAAACCCUUAUCAGUGCAGACAAAGGUGGAGAGUUCCUCAUUGACACUUCCAAAGUAACACCUUCAAUAUCUCCAAUUCUAAGUCCUCACAGUAGUGGGGAUUUUACCUUCAAUUUUGGACUACAAAUUUUAGGAGGCUUUGUGAUGACUUGCCGUGUACAGGGUGAGGGGAAGAGCAGCAAACCUUUGGUACAAUUGGCAAUGCGACACAUAACAUGUGUGGAGGAUGCUGCAAUCUUCAUGGCACUAACUGCAGCAGUGGACUUGAGCAUUGAAGCCUGCAAACCAUUUACAAAAAAGCUGAGAAAGGCUAUUCGGGAUUGAGGGAAGAACUUUAUAUGAACAGCUUGCGCUCCAUUUCUUCUCUUCUAGAUGCUGCUUUGUUGCAAGAAUCUUUUUUACAAAGUGACAAAUGCAUCAAUCCUGGAUCGCAUAUCAAAUAGUUACAUGUUUUAUAACCUUGUCUAUAAACUGGCAAUUUUAACAGUUCCAGAUCACCUCUCUGUACUGCAUAAGAUAGUUUUUGUAUAAAUAUUCAUAUCAUAGUAUUGAGACUGUAUUGUACUCUUUUAAGUAUGAUCUUUUUUCAUUUUCA